AUGGCUGAAAAUAUUAAAGCGAGUUGUUCUAGUGCAAAACAACCUCAGAGAAAAAAAAUGCGACUAGAUGAUCGAUCUUUCGAAGACGAAAUAACUUCUUUAUUGUUGGCUUUGGAUCAGUCAGACGAUGAGGUAGAUAUUGAAAAUUGCUUGGUAUCUGAGGCGGACCCGACAAACUGUCAUGAUAGUGAUUCAGGUGAAGAGGUCAACGACCUUGAAGAUGCAGUCGAUAGUGACAAUUCAGACACGCCACUUUCUGAAUUACGCACGAACUAUUAUUAUGGGAAAAAUCGUUAUGAGUGGACAAAGACGCCACCGUCAACAAGAGUACGUAUAUCUCAACACAAUAUUAUAUCAGUUCGUACAUCUUCUUCGAACUUGUCAGCCGACUGUGAGAAAGAUCCAUUCAGUAUAUGGAACAAGUUAUUCGACGAUGAAAUGCUCCAUCAAAUUUUGACCUGGACUAAUGCAAAAAUUUAUAUCUACAAAACUAAGUUCGCGCGUAGCAAUCGACCUGAACUGAACGAUUUGGACUUAGUUGAGCUGAAAGCGUUUAUUGGUCUACUAUUUUAUUCUGCUGUUUUGAAGUCGAACCACGAAGACACAAGUUACUUAUUCGCAUUAGAUGGUACAGGCUGUGAGAUAUUCAGGUGUACAAUGUCGGAAACCAGAUUUCUUAUAUUGUUACUGUGCCUUCGUUUCGAUGAUCCUAAUGAACGUGAUGAGAAGAAAAAGACUGACAAGUUAGCUGCUAUAUCCCCCAUUUUCAACAAGUUCGUAAGUAGUUCGCAACAGUUGUACGAACUAAGUGAAUGUGUAACUGUGGACGAAAUGCUAGUCAAGUUUCGUGGAAGAAGUCACCUAAUAUCAUACAUGCCUAAAAAACCAGGUAAAUAUGGUCUAGUGAUACGAGCAUUAUGCGACGCUAAGAACUUUUAUUUUUAUAAUGGCUAUGUAUAUUCUGGAAAAGACUCCGAUGGUAUUGGGUUGACAGUAGAAGAAAAGAAAUUCCUAGUCCCCACACAGUGCGUCUUACGUCUAACGAAACCAAUCCAAGGAAGUAACCGCAACGUCACAGCUGAUAAUUGGUUUUCAUCUAUUGAACUCGUAGAUGAAUUAGCAAAACGAAAGUUGACGUAUGUAGGGACAGUAAAAAAGAAUAAAAGAGAGAUACCUAUCGAAUUUCAGCCAAAUAAGCGUCGAGAAGUAGCAUCUACCUUAUUUGGAUUUACGAACCAAAAAACGUUAUGUUCUUGGGUUCCUAAGAAAAAUAGAGCUGUAAUACUCAUAUCUUCCAUGCACCAUGAUGAUCAAGUAGACCAAAAUACUAUAAAACCCGAAAUAAUACUUUAUUACAACUCUACUAAAGGAGGAGUUGACGAAGCGGAUAAAAAAUGUUCUAUUUACUCGUGUAGCCGCCGUACGCGGAGAUGGACAAUGGUGUUACUGUUUCGAGUGCUGGAUCUAAGUGGCAUGAAUGCAUACAUUCUCUACAACAUGUAUCAAUCAAAAGAGGUUGAAAGAGGAGAUUUCCUAAAAGAAUUGGCUCGUUCCCUUGUAGUGCCGCAUAUGCAAAGACGUGUUGUAAACACAAAAUUGCCGAGAGAGCUGAGGUCAACUAUAGCUCGAAUAUUGGGUAAAGAUAUGGUAACUGAAGAUGUCCAAACACCACCCGUCAGUCAAGGAACUAGAAGAGCAUGUAGAAUAUGUCCCACAAAAAAACAUAGAAUGACCAUUUAUGUUUGUGUGGGGUGCAGCAAGCCUGUGUGCCUACAAUGCUCUCGCCCUUUGUGCGCUGACUGCCAGUAA